UAUAGUACAUAACACAAUAUAUAGUACAAUAUAUUUGUAUUAAUACAAUAAUUUAUUACUGUAUUAUAUAUAUUUGUAGUUGUAACAUUGACAUCAAAUUUAGGAAAACGUUGGGUUAUUUAUAUUAAUUCCAAAAAUUAUUUUUUUGGAGUGAUUAUACUUCUAAAUUGUUUAAAAAAAAUCUUUUUGUUAAAAAAAAAACGAAGAAAAAGAUUGUUUUCUAGAUCCUGGAAAGUAUUUAAUGGAUAUAUUUUAUUUUAUUAUUUGUUACAACUACAAAUAUAUAUAAUACAGUAAUAAAUUAUUGUAUUAAUACAAAUAUAUUGUACUACAUAUUGUAUUUUCUGAAUUCCGGCUAUUGAGACUUUCAAUCAGGACUUUCAGUCAAGACUUCAUUAUACUAAAAUUUUAGCCAAUUCUAUCCGGGACCACUUUUUCACGUGUUUUGUGCGGAGUCUUCUAUUACUAGAACUUUCUUUAGAAAAAUAAGUGGUUGCAUUCCUCUUGACGCUGUCCUUUAAGGCCGCAGCACAGACUUUUGCAUAACGCAUAAGAGAACAAACCAAUCACAGGCUUCUAUUUUUAUCCUGAGGAGAGAAAAGGCGAUUCUGAUUGAUUGAUUCUUUUAAGCGUUAUGCAUUAUACAAAAGUCUUAGUUGCGUUCCAAAAUUCACUGCCAGUACUGAAAAUCUGUAGUAUAUGUAACGUGGCCUAUAGAUUUUCAGUACUGCUAGUGAAUUUUGGAACGCAGCUAAAAAUGAAAUAAGUGCUGCUCCCAGCGCUGUGAGCGCCAAAGACAACGCACCCGGAUUCAUGACGAUGCAGUCGAACUUAGCUUUUUAACUGUGUAUGACGUACGAUUGUGUAGUUGGUAAGCAUUAGUUUUAUCAGUUUUAUGUAUUUCAAAGUAUUGCCUCUGUACGUUGUUGAAAAGCACCUAAAGGUUUAGUAGCUUAUUCAAAUUUUAGAUCUCUAAAAUAAUCAUACUCCAUUUGACGUAUUCUUGUUGACGUUAUUUGAAAAAGUCCUUUUUCAAGAACUUCAACGAAUUUUGAAAUAUAUUUGUAUGAUUUAAUUCUUGGAUCGUGCCAUUCAAAUUGAUUAAACUCAAUUGAAAAAGAAUGAAACGAAUAAUACAAAAGAAAGCUCGGAAAGAAAAAUCUGUUGUGAUCGAAAACAGUAACGCAACACAGAGCGAUAAAAUUACAUUAGAUUCGAGUGUCUAUUUACAUUACGACAUUCUGAGAAUCAUCUUUCAAUAUUUACAUGCCAGGGAUCUGGCGAGUGCCGCAAUGGUUUGCAGGUCUUGGUUAGAAGCUGCAAAUAAGGAAAAAUGGACAAGAGGUCCUUAUUUUUUCUUUAGUACUUCUACCCCUAAUAUCUCUUCACCUAUUCAUUUGUCAAGUUAUGUCAGGAAUAUAAAAAUUCAUCCAUCAAUAGGUUUUGUUUUUUUUACUAACGAUUAUUUUAAAAUUUCAUAUAUAGAAGGUAUACAUUUUAUACUUUUAUUACAUUCUUAUUGAUAGUUAUAGAGAAACAAACUUCGUAAUCUUAUAAAAAUAAAUUAUAAUUUUAAUUUUCUUAUUGGUACAUAAAAGGGCUUAAUUUUAAUUUACUACUCACUAAUAAUCAAAUUCUUACAUACAUGGUACUGAUUAAAUAUAAUCAAAUUCAUAAGUGCGAAGUUGCGUAAAUGCUUAAUUU